AUGGCUGCGAACGAAGCGAACGCGGAUCUAGACUCGGCUCUGUCGAGGGCCUUGGGCAAGCCCACGAGAGUCGAGUCUUUCGAGAUAGUGGUUCGCGCGGGCCAACGUCGCGGCAUCAUGAGCGAUCACUACAGCCUCGUGGUGAGAUACAAAUGCUCCUCCUCCGGCGAGACGAAGAGCCUCGGGUUCUUCGCGAAGGAGCCACCGGCCCGAGAGGAGCUUCGCGCCUGCCUCGUCGACGACUCGGUGAGCCAGGAGGAAACCUACUUCUUCCGCUCGGUCUAUCCGCUUCUGCUCGAGGAGAGCACAGCCGUCAAGUGGUCGCCGGCCUGUUAUCACGCGAGCCCGCGCAAGCUCGUCUUCGAGGACGUCCGGGAGCAGGGCUACGCCGUCCGCGCCGACAGCAUGUACGACCUGGCCUCGAUGAGGGCGGCCCUCGAGGCGCUGGCCGGCUUCCACGCGAGCUCGCUCCGGCUCGAGACGAGACUGGCCACGAGGCUCCACCUGCUUAACAGCGAUAACGAGGCUUUCCUGCGCGAGAAGGUGUUUACGCGCGAGGGCAAGGCCGGCCGCGGCAACGAGCUCGGAUUCGAGACUCUGCGCCUCCUCGCCGAGGCCAGAUUCGGACUCGAGGACGGAUCCCUCGUGGCCAAGAUUCACGAGCUCGUGCGCGACCGAGUCAAGCCCAGCCCCGGGGCCUACUACGAUUUUCUCCAACUUUCUCAACUCUACUUUUUCAAUAUCUAUCGCGAACGAGAUAAGUUGCAUCUUAUUACACGAUUCGCGUCAUUUCUUGGCAAUUACAACGGGAACGUGCGUACGAUAGGCUUGGGGAGGAACGUCAUCUGCCACGGCGAUCUGUGGCGCGGCAACAUCAUGUUCAAGGACGACGACGACGAGCAACGACCCAAGUGCCUCCUGGUGGACUUUCAAAUGCUGAGGUACGGCCCGCCGAGUUUGGACCUGGCCAUGCUGCUGCACGUGCACAGCCCGAGGAGCUUUCGCGAGGCUCACGAGCCCCACCUGCUGAGGCAUUACUACGCCAAGCUGAGCGAGUACUUCCGGGACGGCAGUGGAGGAUCCGAGCUCGGCUUCGGCUACGACGAGCUGGCCAGGGACUACGAGUCGAGGAGGAUCGUCGGCAUGGCUUACGCGGCCAUGAGGUGGCCGGCCUGCGUCACGUCGCGGCUCGACGACGCCGAGGCCCUGCGCGACUGGUACUUCGGCGCUCGGAUCGAUGGAUAUCUCGCGCAAAUCGACGCUGAUCCGGUCUUCGAGCGCCUCAUGAGGAGUUGCGUCGAGGAGCUCAUCGAGCACGGACAAAAGCUCUUGAACUCUUGAUUUAUCUCGCAAAAUUUGUA